CUUCCAGAAGUAGGUUAGGAGGAAGAGAUGGCAGAGAUCGCCGUCACUGUAGUCACCGAUAGGUUGCUCUCCUUGCUCGCUGAUGAAGCCAGAUUAUUGAGAGGUGUCCACACCCAAGUUGAAGAUAUCAAAACAGAGCUGCUCUACAUCCAAGCUUUCCUCAAGGAUGCAGAUGCAAAGGCCGAGAAACGAGACACCAGCCAAGGCGUUAAAACUUGGGUCCAAGAACUAAGGGAGACGGCUUAUUGCAUAGAAGAUCUCGUCGAUGAAUACAUACUUCACUUUGCAAAUCGCCCUCAUCGGCGUGGGGUCCUUGGUUUCCUCUGUAAGAUUUCUCACCUACUCCCGAAACUGAAACCACGCCAUGAGAUAGCCUCCAAGGUCCAGGAUCUCAAGCUAAAGGUGGGUAAACUGAAGGAAGCAAGUUCAACUUUUGGGUUUAUUAGUUCAUUUGACCUAGGAUCAGGCAGCUGCAGUGGUACAAGUGUUCCAUGGCAUGACCCGGGAGUGACAUCUCUUUUCAUCGAAGACGCCGAAAUUGUGGGUAUUGAAUCUCACAAGGGCGAAUUGAUGAAAUGGCUGGUAGAGGGAGCUCCAGAACGAACAGUGAUUUCGGUGGUGGGCAUGGGCGGGCUUGGCAAGACAACUCUUGCCAAGAAGGUUUAUGACAACAAGAGGAUGGUGGAACGCUUCGAUUGCCUUGCUUGGAUCACUGUGUCUCAGUCAUUCAAGAUGGAGGAGGUACUUCGGAACGUGAUAAAGCAAUUCUAUCAAGCAAGGAAAGAGUCAAUUCCUGAUGGUACCGAUGCAAUGGACGAGAUGUCUCUUAUUACUCGACUUAGGGAGUAUUUGGAGGAUAAAAGGUAUGUCGUUGUUUUUGAUGAUAUUUGGAAAUUAGAGUUCUGGAGAUUUAUUAAAUAUGUUUUACCAGAAAACAAAGGAGGCAGCAGGAUAGUAAUUACAACACGAAACGUUGAAGUAGGUUCUGCUGUUAAAGAAUCUUCAAUUCAUUAUGUCCACAAUCUUCAAGCUCUACCUCCUGAAAGUUCUUGGGAACUCUUCUGUAAGAAGGCAUUUCAGGGUUGUUGCUGUCCUCCUGAAUUAGAGGAAAUUUCCCUCGAUAUUGUUAAAAGAUGUGAAGGAUUGCCGCUUGCAAUUGUGGCAAUGGGCGGUGCUUUAUCAACCAAAGAGAAGAAUGAGUUAGAAUGGCAGAAAUUUAAUGAUAGCCUUGGUUCCCAAUUAGAAAGUAAUCCCCAUCUUGAAAGUAUCACUAAAAUUCUCUCCCUCAGUUAUGAUGACUUGCCUCACUACCUCAAGUCUUGUUUCUUGUACUUUGCCAUUUUUCCAGAGGACUACUCCAUGAAUUGUGGAAGACUCAUCCGACUGUGGAUAGCUGAAGGAUUUGUCAAAGGAAAGAAAGGAAUAACAUUGGAACAGGUUGCCGAAGAAUACUUGACUGAACUAAUUCAUAGAAGCUUGGUUCAAUUGUCCCACGUGGAUUAUAGAGGGACAAUUAGAAGUUGCAGAGUCCAUGAUUUGAUGCGUGAGAUAAUCCUCAGAAAGGCCGAGGAGUUGAGUUUUUGUUGGGCUUUGGGGGAAGAGGACUCAAUCUUUUUCACUUGAGGUACUUAAGUCUGAGGAAUACAAAAGUCAAGAUGCUUC